GCUGGCAGGCAGAGAGAAGCCAUGUUUUAAAGUAAACGAGAAAAGGCGUGUUGUCACGGAAUACUCUUGAUUGGCAAAGAGUCCUUAGCACCUGGUUGAUGAGGGAACAAGCUCUUACGGUGUGUUCACAAGCAAGGCAAAUAAAUAAAAAGGAAUUGUGAACCAUCAGUUUGAGAGACCAUCUUUUCAACCGGACGCUACAGUAAGAGCUUGACCCCAAGCUGAGAAGAGCUUCUUUAUAAGGUGAGACGAAGUUCAUCCCACGCUCAGCACUGAGGUCCCAGUUAAAGACUUUUCAAGGUCAUCAGCAUGGAAGCAUCUGAAAAGGAAACAAAGUACACAGAGAACCUCCAAGUUGACAGGGAAGAGGAACCUCCCUGCUCUGUUCGUCCAAGGAAACCAACAAAAAAAAUGCAAGCAUAUUUGGAGGAAGAGGCCCAUAAAAAGGAGAAACGUCUCCUCAAAGUUUAUGAUCAAUGGAAAAAACAAAUACGCUCAACAAGAGAACAACUAAAGGGAGAUCUUCAAAAUAGUCAAAUCGCUUCACUCAUGGACAUCUUAGAGAAAGAAAGAGAUGGUGUCAUAAAGUUAUAUACAGAAAUUAGGGAAAGCAUUACUCCCUCUAGUGACACAAGGCGACUCAUAGAUGCAUGUGAAGCAGUCACCAAAGACAUUAUCAAGGUCGCACAUGAAAGACUCUCAGGGAUAGAUGACUAUGACAGCGAUAAAGUGAAGAGACGUCUACGUGAGCUUUUUGAUCUAGACUACGCUAAAUCCAUUUACAGUUAUUCUGUCACAAACUCAAGUAAGCAAUCAUCUGCAUGUAAGUCAAUGUCUGCAAAAUCAGAAGUAGCUGUAAGGAGAGCGGAGGCUGCAGCAGAAUUAGCUGCCAAGGAGGCAGAGUUUGAAGUAUUCAUAGAAGAAGAAAAACAAAAGGAAAGGAUUCAACUUUUAGAAGAAAGACAGAGAAGGGAGCUUGAAUCUCAAAAACGUGAGAUAGAGAGACUGAAGGCUGAAAGGGAGUUGAAGGCUGCACGAGCGAGGCUAGUGACUUAUGAUCAGGAGUUAAAAGGUGAGAGUGGUGUUCAUGUCGACUGCAGCCGAGCAGAUCAGAAGGCUCCCAUGGUUUCUGCUUCUGUUCAAGACACCAACAGUAAUGGUGUUUCCUCCUCACAUCCACAAGCAGACAUUCUUUAUUUAGCCCAAGCAUUACAGGACAAUGUAGCUGUGAGUAGACUACCGAUGCCAGAGCCCUUCAUAUUCACAGGUGACCCAAUACAGUUUAUUGAGUGGAAAGCUUCAUUCACUGCACUAAUCGACAAAAGGAACAUCUCACCUGCAGACAAGUUGUAUUACUUAAAGAAAUAUGUAUCUGGUUCUGCUCAACAAACACUUGAUGGCAUCUUCUACAGAGCUGACAGCAACACAUACAAAGAUGCUUGGGAACGCCUCAACCAAAGGUAUGGACAUCCGUUUGUCGUUCAGAGAGCAUUUAGAGAAAAACUAGCAAAAUGGCCGAAGAUUCAAACAAAUGAUUCCACAGGAUUUAGAGCAUUCGCUGAUUUCAUUCAAACCUGUAAUGAAGCUAUGCCCCACAUAGAAGGGUUAGACAUUCUCAAUGAUUGUGAGGAGAACCAAAAACUUGUUCAGAAGUUACCAAACUGGGCAGCUGCACGGUGGAAUCGUCAAGCUACACAGCACAUGAAGGAAAGUGGAAAGUUUCCAAGUUUAAAACACUUUGCUGAGUUCAUGUCUUCUGAAGCUGAAAUAGUGUGCAAUCCAAUAACAUCAUUUCAGGCUCUCCACUCUACAGACUUCACAAGAAUCACCAGUAAAAGUUAUCAAAAGGAAAAAAGACCCACCUCCAGUGUUCUCCAUACACAGGUGGUAACAGAAAGGGAAAACACAAAACAAAGAUCAAAUGUUACAUCACUAUGCAUGCUAUGUCAAAACAAUGGACACAAACUUCAAAAUUGCCCCCAGUUCAAAGGCAAAUCACUGUUGGAACGAAGGAAAUACAUAAAGGAUAAUAGGCUCUGUUAUGGCUGUCUGAAAGCUGGACACAGUGCAAAGGACUGUCGUUAUAGACUUGUAUGUGAAGUGUGUAAGAAGAAACACCCUACCUGUCUGCAUGACUUCAACUAUGAAAAUGAUAAAUCAGCCACAACAUUGAUUCAGAACAACACUGAACAGGCUGCAACUACUCUAUCUCUCAAUGCAGAAACCAACGGAACAUGUGUAAACACUUCCAUGAUUGUACCCGUAUGGGUUUCGUCAGAGCAACAUCCAGGCAAAAGAGUGCUUCAAGAGGCAUGCAAACAAGGCAGCAGCUGGGAUGAUCCCCUUCCCAGUGAACUAAGACCAGUGUGGGAUAAAUGGAAAGAUGACCUAAAGAACUUGGAGAAAAUCACAAUACCACGGUGUUAUGUUACUAAAGACUUUGGCCAAAUAGUACAAACAGAGUUGCAUCAUUUUUCUGACGCAGCAGUAACGCAGCCGAUGCUUUUAUUCUGA